CCCCGCCCCCCGCGCGGCGCGCAGGCGCAGCGGCUCUACCUGUAUAUAAGGGUCGCGCCUGCCCGGACUCGCGUUGUCAUCGGGAGGAUGUCGCGGUACGGGCGAUACGAGACCAAGGUGUACGUGGGCAACCUGGGCACGGGCGCCGGCAAGGGCGAGCUGGAGAGAGCCUUCAGCUACUAUGGGCCGCUGAGAACUGUGUGGAUCGCCCGGAACCCGCCGGGGUUCGCCUUCGUGGAGUUCGAAGACCCCCGGGAUGCUGAAGAUGCUGUGCUUGGCCUCGAUGGGAAGAUAAUAUGCGGCUCCAGGGUCCGAGUGGAAGUAUCCACAGGGAUGCCGAGGCGCUCCCGCUAUGACCGGCCCCCUGCCCGGCGCCCCUUCGACCCCAACGACAGAUGCUACGAGUGUGGUGAGAAAGGCCACUAUGCCUAUGACUGUCACCGUUAUAGCCGGCGAAGGAGGAGCAGGUCCCGGUCUAGAUCCCGCUCGAGGUCUCGAGGAAGAAGGUAUUCCCGGUCACGCAGUCGCAGCCGUGGUAGGAGGUCCAGGUCAGCUUCGUACCGCAGGUCCCGGUCGAUGUCUCCUCGUAGAUACAGAUCCUUCUCACCCCGCAGGUCCCGCUCUGGUUCUCUAAGAAGGUCAAGAUCUAGGUCCAGAUCACGCUCCAGGUCCCGCUCUGUUGUAUGGCCUCGAAGCAGGUCUGAGUCUCAUGGUAGAUCUAAAUCUGGCUUACCUGCUAAAAGCCGCUCAAAGUCCAGAUCACCAUCUCCAAAGAGAAGUCAUUCACCAUCAGGAAGCCCUUGAAGAAAUGAAAGUCCUAAAAGAAUGGGUUCAAAUUUAAGAAGUUUAGUAAAAAAAAUUAUUUUGUUUACAUUAUAAGGGAUUUUGUGACGUAAGGGCUUAGUCCUAGAAGUCAGUUUCUAUUGACUAGCAAUUGGCAUGAACAUCUUUAUCUUCUAAAAGUCCUGUUAGCAGACUAAUAGAAAACUCUUCUGUUGUGUUUGUGUUCUGUGAUCUGAAAAUACUGGGCGCUUUUUUUUUUUUAUUGGUGCAUUGAAAUAAACCGCAUUUCUAACUAAGAAACCAAUUGUGCUAACCCUGCUGUUCAUAUUUGGGAUGGGGAAGCAGGCAGUGUCCCCCUGGUGAAAAACAGCAUGGAGGUUGGGUCAGGCACAUGUGUGCCAUGUGCAUCCCUGCAGAGCACCAGCUCGAGGGAAAAGAUGCCAGAGCCAGGUGGCUGUUCUGUAUAUACUGUAUGUAUCUACCUUUUUUAGGAAAUUUGAAGGGUUUGUGGAGAGGACAGGUCCUAAGCACAACCUGCAGGACAUGUUCAAGUAGCAGGAUCUGGGGGGAAGUGGGAGCUCAAGUUCCCCCUGUCUGACCCUGUCUGCCUACUUCCAUCCUGGCAGUGAAGUGUGCCCAGGGACGGGCCUUGCUGCUGUGCUGAUCCGUGGUUGCUUUGGGAAACCAGACUGUCCCAUCUCACCAUGGAUCAAGUACUGAAUUAAUAAAAUAGCGCAGGAUCUUUGCCAGUUUGAUUUAUCUCUGCAGCUGAUAAUGGCUGUUAUCAGAAGAGCAAGGAAAGGGGAGUGCCAGGUAAUUUUAGCAAUGUUAAGAAAGACAGCACCCUGCUUUCCUGGAGUUGCUGAACAUCUGCCUGCCCAAGGGGAGAAUAAAUUGCUCAUCUUUAUGUGCCUGUGCAUGGUUUUGCUUUAUUAAACUAUCUGUACCUCGA